AUGGCGUCCAACCUCCGUCUGCAGAUGAAGCACUGCUUCUCGCCGCCGUCCCUCCGCUCCUACCUCGCCGAGUUCAUCUCCACCUUCCUCUUUGUCUUCACCGCCGUCGGCUCCACCGUCUCUGCCCGGAUGCUCACGCCCGACGUCACGUCCAACGCCGCGUCUCUGGUGGCCACCGCCGUGGCACAAUCGUUCGGGCUCUUUGCGGCGAUCUUCAUCGCCGCCGACGUCUCCGGCGGCCACGUCAACCCAGCCGUCACGUUCGCGUUCGCCAUCGGCGGCCACAUCGGUGUCCCUAGCGCCAUCUUCUACUGGGCGUGCCAACUGCUCGGCUCCACGCUCGCCUGCCUCGUCCUCCACUACUUCUCCGCCGGCCAGGCCGUGCCGACGACGAGGAUCGCGGUGGAGAUGACCGGGUUCGGCGCGUCGCUGCUGGAGGGGGUGAUGACGUUCAUGCUCGUGUACACGGUGCACGUCGCCAGCGACCCACGCGUCGCGCGCGGCAGGAAGGGGCUCGCGACGACGGCGCUGGGCGCGCUGGUGGUCGGGCUCGUGCUGGGCGCGUGCGUGCUGGCGGCGGGCUCGCUCACGGGCGCCUCCAUGAACCCGGCGCGGUCGUUCGGGCCGGCGAUCGUCAGCGGAGACUUCAAGAACCAGGCCGUCUACUGGGUCGGCCCCAUGAUCGGCGCUGCCGUCGCGGCGCUGGUGCAUCAGAACCUGGUGUUCCCGUCCGCGCCCGAGCAGCCACUGCCGCACGAGCCGCGCCAUGGGAGCGUGGAAACGGUUGUUGUGUGA